AUGUCAAAAAUCUGUCAUCACAAUGAAAAACCAAGUGCGACCGGUUUGUUCACCAAAGGACAAAAUUUGGUCGCGGGCGGACAAACUUCAAAGAUGCCGUCGACUACCUCUGGAGCAGGCCAAAUUGAGACAAAUUUUGGAAAACAAUAGCGAGGGUGUUUUAAUUCGGAAAUGAUUUGACAGGUGAUAUGUAGCAGAGUCUCUAUGCUAUAGACUUCGCGGCAAAAUUGGUCACGUUCUCAUUUCGCAACAACAUGAAUCCAGGCACGGGCAACCAAUACUUUCCGUAUGAAAUGGGGCAACAAUAUCCUGAAUAUCCACCAGGAUGGAUAUAUCCGUUGCCUAGCACUUACAAUUUUAAUGAUCGAGGAACUGCAAGCCCAUCUCCUUCAACCGCAAGUUCUGGCUCGUUGUCAGAAUCCUUUCCGUUCGUCGAAGACGGCUCAAUGCCGGAAUCAUCCCAAACUUCUUCGCGCCGUACAUCUUCCGAGAACAAGAAGGCCCAGGAACGAUGGACUAAAGAUGAGGAAAAACUGUUAGUCCAACUAUGGGCUGAAAAACACGAUCAGUUGGAAAGCAGAGAGUGCAGGAAAACGUGGGCCUGGAUCGCUGAGAAGAUUUCGAAAGCGCUACAGUCCAACAAGACGGCCGACAAAUGUAUUCGGAAAAUGAAGUACAUCAUACAAAGAUACAAGAAUGCAAAAGAUUGGAACAAAAACCAAACAGGAGGAAACCUUAGGAAAUCCGUCUACUACGAUGAGGUCGAUAAGAUCCUUGGAUGCCGCGACCUAGUAACCUUCAAUAAUGUAGCCGAAGCGGGGAUCAGCGGCGAAAGUGCCCCCCAAGUUGUAGCUGAAUCAAGUGAUACUACUGGCGAGAACAGUACUUCAUCUAGCCCCAAUGUGCUACAAACUCCAGCUGAAAAGAGAAGAGCGUCAAAGAAAGGGAAACGAGCUUCGAAACGCAAAGCUCCUGAUAAUGACAGCGACGAAGAGUUCAAGAUGGCUCUAAAGGAUAUGAGGCAGCAGGGGGAGAAAGUUACAGCAUUUAUGGAUUCUUUGCAACAAUCACAGACGCAGCAGCUAGCCAUGAUGAACCAAUUUAUGGGCUCCAUUGUGAAAAUCAUUGGCCAACAGAAUGAGAAAGACAACUGA